GCUGCCAAAGCAAAUGUGGACUAGUAAAACAUUGAAAUGGUUGUUCUAAAGGGAAUCCCUCGAAUUAUCUCGCCGGACCUGUUGAAUGUUUUGGCACGAAUGGGACAUGGAGAUGAGAUAGUCUUGGCAGAUGUGUUUUUUCCCACUGGUUCAAUCUGUAAGCAUGGUCCAGAAGAAAUUCGAGCUGAUGGGCAUGGCAUACCGGAGUUACUGGAAGCUAUCAUGAAACUAUUUCCUUUAGAUGCAUAUGUAGAUAAACCUGCACAUGUGAUGGACCUGGUUGAAUCUGACAAACAGAAAAACCUAAAAACACCAGUCUGGGAUAAAUACCAAGAGAUUUUGAACAAAGCAGAGAAACGAGAGGUGAACAUUGGUGAAAUAGAAAGAUUUGCUUUCUACGAUAGAGCAAAGACAGCUUUUGCCGUGGUGCAUACUGGCGAAUCAUCCCAGUAUGGAAACCUGAUUCUAAAGAAAGGACUUUGCUAGAGAAAAAUCCAAUUAGCAAAUCAUUCUGAAUUAAAUAUGAUAAAUUUUAUUCCCAGAACAGACCAUGUUUAUUUGGGUGAUUAUGACGACAACCCAUCAGUGUUCUUCCAUACAUGGAACUCUCAGUGACUGCACACACCAUAUAUCAUACAUGUUUGAUGGCUAGCCAUUAACAUAAGUGUUCACUCGAUGAUAAUCUUGUCAAUAAGAAAUAUAAAAUAGAAUAUCUACAUGUAUAAUCACUGAUAUUUUGACUUGGCAUUUGAUAUUACAAUACAAGACAAAACCUUGGCAUAAUCAGAGAUUGCACAGACAAAUUUUAUUCAAUAAAAAUUUAAAUAUAA